UGCAAGAGCACUUGCGUCACGAAGAAAAGGACGCUGACGUUAUCGCCAUGUCCGUUUCCUUCAAGUUCUUAUGAAGUAAACAGUCAAAUAUUCGUGUUUUAAUGUGUUUGAUUUAAUUAUUGGGAUUUCAUAUUUGAUUACUGAAAAGGAAAAACACACAACGAUGGGUGAGGUGGAGUUGUCCUGUCUGGCUUAUGCCAAAAUGUACCUACAUGCAAGUCAGUUUCCUCGCAGCAGUGUGAACGGCCUGCUGUUGUCCUCCAGUCCAGCAGGAGCAGCUGUAUGUAUCACAGAUUGUGUGCCACUGCUCCACUCACACUUGUCUCUGGCUCCAAUCACACAGCUCGCUCUUACACAGGUCGAUGUUUGGUGUUCACAAACGCAGCAAAGGAUUGUGGGAUAUUAUCAAGCCAAUGCUUGCGUCUCAGACAGCAGCCCUACACCAUGUGCGUUGAAGAUUGCAGAGAAGAUCUUCGAGCAGUGUAACAAUGCUGUUUUGCUUAUGAUUGAUGGAGAAAAGAUGUUUCCAGGCUGCCGUGUUCCUCCGAUCGUGAUGUAUGAGCGUAAAGACGCCCGCUGGGCUCUCAAAGACAAACACACAAUAAUGCUUCGACAGUGGGAAGAAACCUGUUCCAUAGUUAAUCAGCUGUUCAGCUCUGGUGAUCAGACGCUAUUGGUGGACUUUGACAGCCAUUUGGAUGACAUCACAAAAGACUGGACCAAUCAGAAACUCAAUGCCAAGAUCAUGGAGCUGAUCUCCCCAGCCAAUGGAAAUGUUUAACUGUAUAGACUAAAUCUUCUCACGUCAUAGUUUUCUUCCCCUCUAAUAGUGUUUUUAAGAUUAUUUGACACAUUAUUUUAUUUUGACACAUUUAGCUAUAUGAUAUAAAUGAUGUCCUUAGAUAUGCAAAAAGAAACAUUUUCUUUUGUUUGGUAUGAUUUGGUGCUUUGACCCUAAAAAUAAACACAAACUUACAUUGAGGUGGACUCGUGAUACAAGCAGCAUAUUUUUUUCUUACUUUGAUAACUUUGAUGCCAGUUCUAUUUUAAUAAUUUAACAAUAAGCAAUUAAUUUGUUUGCUUUAUAAGAUCUAUCUAUCCGUCUAUCUAAACAUUAAAGUUAUCUGUAAGAAAACUAUGUAUGGUUCCUCAGGUGCUGUCAUUACAUGGGGUUCUCCAUUUUACAGACUUAAUAUGAAAAAAAGAGAUUUUAUUUUAUGUUGUCAUGAAGUAGUCUAGUAUUUAGCUUUAACUGUAUGAAGGUUAGAAGUCUCUAAUAAUUUAGAUGAUUCCUUCCAGCAAAAUGAGAGCAAAUCAGUGCUCAGAGUAGUGUGAGUGUAUGAGUCAUGUGAGGUGUGUCCCACAAGAUGUGGAUCUUCAGGUCUGUCUGAAGCUUAUAUUUGUUCUGAUGCCUUUUUUCCCCACUGCAGCACUACUGACGUUUGCGUUUCCUAACCUGUAUGACUAACUUUCUUCUGUGGAACAUAAAAAUAACAUAAAGAAAUAUGAAAGUAAAUAUGUAGAAAAAUUU